CUAGGUUACAUAGGGAGAGGAUGUCGACGGAUGGUCGUAGCAAGAUCGCCACCAUAGGCGAGGGCGGCCAAGUUGUCUGUGCGGAGUUCAAGCAGGCCAUGUACCCUUUCAAGUGGAGAAAGUACUUGUGCGCCGAAUGCGGGGCACUCCGCGAGGAGCACGGCGUGAGCAAGGCAUGGGCCAAGGCAGAUGACGGCAUGGGGAUCACGGAAGAGCAGCUGCCACCGCGCAAGAGGCUCAUGCUCAGGUACGAGCGGGAGCAGAAGGCCCUUGCUGCCGCCACGGAGAAGGGCAAGGAGCAGGAGGAGUUGGAGGAGUCGGAGGAAGAGGAGAUCAACUGGAGCCCACCAGCUGCGACAGUCACCAAGGGGAAGAGAGCCCCGAGGAGAAAGCGCGCAUGAACUGUAUGUGAUGACUAUGUACUAUCAUCCCUCCCCCCUAUCUCUCUGCAUUACCUGCCUGUCAAGUGAGCGCGGAACUGGUAUGAAGUGUCAAUCUGAAUAAUCUCUUUCAGCUAUGUUGAAAAAACCAGUGGGUCCGAUACACACACUUGAAGUGCUAAUUUUAGUGUAGCUCCGAGACUGCAACAUGCACAGGUGCGCAUAUACAGUAGGUUCAGACAAACAGCAUGUUUCUGCUCAAAUAGCACGUGGAAAU